UUGGUUAUGUUUAAAAUGGCAACACAUGUGUUAAUGCGGCUUUUAUUUUUGAUUGUAAAUUAAUUGUUUUAAUAAGUGAACAAUGUUACCGCGUAUUUAUAGUAUUGUUCAAAGAAACGUGAAUUCUUGUGUUGUUGUUUCCAGUAGAUUUUGCACAUAUGUUGAGGAACCGACGUACAUUAAAAUCGAAGAAAAUGAAGAAAAGAAUUUGGAAAAUCUCGGAGGAAAAAAGAAAAGAGUCGCAGUAAUUACUUGUAAACGAAAGGAAUUUAAUCAUUUCCAAGGGCAGACUUAUCCGAAAUUUCAACCUAUGCCAUUGGCGUCAGACAAAUGGCAUUUAAGCAAAUCGAAGGGAGAUUAUUUUACAAUUCAUCCUGUUGAAGAAGUCAAUAAAGAACCAAAACAAAAAGAAGAGGAGGAGGAAAUGAGCUUUAAAGAUUUGGGAGUUUCUAACGAAUUGUUGGCAAAUUUACAAAAUGCUUUCGAUAUUGAAACACCAACGAGGAUACAAACAUUGGGAAUACCUGCGAUAUUGGAUCAACAAAACGUGAAAUUAUUAGCAGAAACAGGCUGUGGAAAAACUUUAGCCUAUUUAUUACCUUUGGUUGAGCAAGUUCUCAAUUGGAAAAAUGCAAUCGAUCGACCAUUUAAUCAUCCACUUGCUCUGGUUAUAACUCCAAGCAGAGAAUUGGCAAUUCAAAUUGGAAGAGCAGUGUUACGUUUAACUAAAGAUUUGGAUAUAAGAACAAAAGUUGUUGUUGGCGGAGGGAUAAAAAGUAAAAUAUUUAAUCCACCAGCAAGUAAUGUUGACAUUAUAGUCGCAUCCUUCGGAGCAUUGAGCAAACACACAACAAUUGGAUUGUAUAAAAUGAAAUAUGUCCGACAUGUUGUACUGGACGAGGCGGAUUCUCUCUUCGAUGAAACUUUUUACGACAAAUUUCGAUACUUUUUGCGCAAAAUUUCUUUUGGACCACUUCGAGAUUUUGCUGAUGGAUUUCCAAAAUAUUCUCAAUUGACAAUGGUAGCCGCGACAAUGCCUCAGUUCAUUGAAGAAAUGCUCGAUAAUAUUGUCGACCCAUCAUCUUUACAAGAAAUUGCAACUGAUAAAGUGCAUCGUGUCUUUGUGACGCAAAAAUUUCUACGACUUGGCGUUCAACAGAAACCAAUGACACUAUUGCGAUUAAUAAAGAAUAAAGCAAAGAAUAAAACAUCGAUUAUUAUUUUUUGCAAUAACAGUAAAACUUGUGAUUAUAUCAGUCAAUUUCUCGAUGAAUUUGAAGUGAAAUGCGCACGUCUCAAUGGUGCAAUGCCACUGAGAAAAAGAAGGAAUGUAUUUGCAGAAUUUCAAAUGGGAAUGUAUAAUGUUCUCUGUACAACUGACGCUGGUUCAAGAGGUUUGGACACCGUUGCAGUUAAAGAUGUCAUCAACUACGAUUUUCCCCUCCAAACAUUCGAAUAUAUUCACAGAUGCGGAAGAACGGCUCGAGUUGGAAGUCCAAGAGAUUGUAGAGUGAUCAAUUUUAUUGCUCGACCUUUGGAAAUUCUUUUGACGCAGAAAAUUGAAAAGACCAUUAAAUUGGAUAAGCCAUUGCCAAUGGUCGAUUAUUUAAAAAGAAAUUGGACUGUGGAGAAAGAAGAUGAGAAGGAAUUAAAAAAAGAGCAGAGGAGAGAAAAAGAGGAAAAGAAGGAAAAAUUUAAAUAUUUUUCUGAAAAGUCGUCUGAAGAUUCAGUCGAGAAUUCAACUGCGAGUGGUGCUGGAGACAAAGAACGUGCUGAAAAUAUUUCCUACUAGUUACAUCGCGUCUUUUUGUAAAUAAAUUUAAGAGUUAAGUAAAUAUUUUUAGUUUUUAAUAA